UGAAAAGUUGUCCCCCCGUGAUUUACGUUUUGGUACGUGCGGAAAACGAGGUCGCUUUAGGCCUUUCACUUUUUAAUUGUCACCCUUUUGGAUUUCUUGAGGAACAACAUGGAGAAACUUGACGCCGGAUGAGCCGAGUGCGUGCGCCUCCCAGGUAGUGAGUAGCGGGUCGUGAUGGGGCUGGUGUCGGACGCGUGGCGCAGGGUGCCCCGCCGGUUCUCCGUGCUGGGGCUGAUGAUCCUGGCGCUGAUCGCGCACGGAGGGCUGCAGCCCAACUUCCAGGUGGCCGUGGUCAAGGUGGUCAAGUCAGCUAUGCUGAAGGACAAACCUGGUGACCAGGGAGCGCCUCCAGAGUCCAGGGUGGAGCAGCCCGACUGUAACUGUCAAACAAGUGGGCGGGGCUUACCCUACACUCUGACGUCACAGAGCGGGGUUACUCUAACGCUCACCGACCGGGACAUCGAGAGACUUCGGACGUUUCUGAGAAAAAAUCUUAUCUUCGAUAACCCGAGCUCGGAAACAGGGGAAUCACAUGACGACAGGGGAACAGCCCAUGGCUCAGACACACCGAUGUCCAAACAAAAACAAAAACAAAUGGAAUUUUUGAAACAUUUCCUAGAAAACGAGUUAUUCCAUGAUGAAUUACUACGCAUGUCCAAGAAAAAGGACCUUCAGUCCUUAUCAUCAUUAGCAAAAGAUGUCAUGAACAGAAAGCUAAAAGAAAGUGCAGCAGCGAAACAAGACAAGCCGAAUUCUCUGUCGAGCUCGUCAUCUCAGCAAGUCAGUUUCCUUGAACUGAUGGGGAGUAGCAGUGAGGAAGAAGACAUUCCCGGCAUUCCUGACAUUCCCCUUCCGGAUAAGAAAGGGUUGCCGCAGGACAAACAUAUACGUUUCUUAGAAGUUUUUCUCAGAGAGGAACUUCUGGAUGGAAAUGGCGAGUCCAGUCUGGUGGUGCGAUCUCAGCGUGAAUUUAAUCCAAACACGAAAACAGAUGAAUGGCGGCCUCAGCCCAUCACCAGACAUUGGUACAUGUCCUUUCUCAGAAAUUUCCUCUCUUAUUCAUUGGAGAAUGAGCACAGUAAAACAAAACGCGACACAGCAGAAUAUGAUGCAGAAUCCAAGUCCUUGAAACAUUUGAAAAAAUCAAGCCAAACGUCAUCAGAAGCCCAGGCCCACUCGAAGAAAGGUGGGGAGAAAGACGUGCUUCCACAGAUUCCGGCGCUGCAGGACGAGGCAGCAGAGAUAGACAUAGAUUUUGAGAAGAUCAUGGCGGAGGCCAUGGCUAUGUUCAUCCCCGGGCUGAACGAGACUGAGGAGGAAGAGGACAAACGCGGUCUCGGACAGAUGAUGGCGGCCACCACCAUGUCGCCAGCAGGGAUGGUGUUCAGUACUCACAUCUUCUUCCUGGCUGGGGCCACGCUGACGUCAUACACCGGCGGGAUGAUGUCAGCAAUCUUCUCACCCGUAAGGUUGUUGGGUGGUACAAUAUUUGCUGCCUGUAUCAUCCACAUGGUGACGCCUCUAGCUCUGAACUGUAGGAUGGACUACAUCGAGUGUGCUCUGCGACUUAUACAAGGCGGUCUGACGGGUAUAAUCGAGCCGGCGACGUACGGCGUGAUGUCUCACUGGGCGGCUAAAAACGAGCGGAGCACGGUGGUGUCCCUCAUCACGGCCGGCCUGACGUCUGCACACACCAUCGGCAUGCUGGAGUCGGUAGCGCUGUACGAGGCCAUCGGCUGGUUCUACUCCUUCUACGUCAUCGGAGGUACUGGGGCGCUGCUAGCCCUGCUGUUCUUCUUCUCAUCGCCGAGCACUCCCGAAGACGACCCGAAGAUGAGCGUAGACGAGCUGAUUCACGUGACCAAGGGGAAGGACAAGGGCAUCUCGGCAUACGACGGUGAGGACCCGAAGGGUGACGACGGCGCGAAAGGUGACGACGACCCCGGGAACAAUGAGGACGACGGAGCGAAACCUGCAGAUGACGGAGCUGCUCCAACUAAGCUCAAGAAACCCGUUUCUAGAGCGUUCACCAACACCACUUCAACGAUAACAAGUUCUUCGCCACAAAACAAACCACCCACACAGCCUGCAGCCGACGGCGAAGACAAGCCUGCGGACUCCACCGAAUCACCGAAGGAGACACCGACUGAGCCGAAGACGGAUCCGAAGAGUGCCGAUCCCCCUCCAGAGGGUCCGACGGAGGCCCGGGUGAGAUCGAGGCCGAGAUCGUACUCGUCUUCUUCAGAGUCUUGGUCAUCUGAGAAGUUUCGGCCAUUGUCGGAUUCGGACAUUCGGGAAAGGAUCGUGCACGGUGCCGACAGUUCGGACGACUCGGAAUCCGAAUACCCGAUGCCGGAUGACGACAUCGUGGCCAGGUCGAUAGCCAUCCGGAAGAGAAAAACCACGCGGAUUGUCAGGGAGCUGUCUGCUCGGUUUGGAGUGGCUGAAACAUGGGGUCCUCUGCGCCUGCGCGGUGGGACAGAGGAGGGCGACAGCGGCAGCCCCACCCCGCCUGACAUGUCUGAGGUAGCGGACAAGGCCAAGGACAUGCUGGCAAAGGUUGAAGACCUUAAGAAGAAGUUCCCUCCGUGGAGAGACAUCAUCUUCAACAAGCCUGCCGUGGCCUACAUCCUGGCGUACCUGGUCUACACGCUCACCUUCUGUGUCGUCAUCAACCACCUGGCAGACUUCUGCGCAGUCGUACUCAACGACGAGAACGAUGGAGGUCUGGAGAACAUGAUUCAGGAUCUCACAAAGGCGGCAAGCCCACCUGGCUACAGGGAGCUAACCAAGAGAGUGUCCAUUCCGUAUGAGUACAGGGCUACUCGCGGGAAUCAUCAUGGUUUUAACAUCAAAACAUGUGAGUACGGCCCGUGGUUAGGCACAUACACCACCAUCACACUCCUGAUCGCCGGCUUCCUGGCAGAUCAGCUGCUGGAUUCUGGAAAAGUUGACAUCACCGUACUCAGAAAAGGCUUCCACAUCGUUGGACAAGUCUGCGGGGCCCUCCUGAUGCUCGUCAUCAUCCUCACUAAGGACGAGAUGGUGACGUACUACGGCACUGCCGCCUUCAUGGUCUUCAUGGGCAUCACCAUGGCAGCAGGGUUUACGGUGACUCCACUGGACAUAGCUGACAGGUAUGCCGGGAUCCUGGUGGGCGUGGCGAAGACCCUGGCGAGCAUCGCGCUGCUCGGCUGCCCCAUGCUCUUCAAAUUCAUCAGCAAGUUUGGAGUCCGUGGGUUUGAAGUGGCCAUAGGAAGCAUGGUAGGGGCCAUCGUACUCGGGGCAAUCAUCUAUGGUCUUCUGGCCAGUGCAGAGCCCCUGAAGAUCGUAGUCGAGAAACCCCGACCCAAGAUCAAACUUCCAAAGUUCCCCUUCCCGUCAAUCUCCGCGCCCAAAGUGAAGAUCCCGUUCCCUGAUUGGUUCAAGAAGAGGGAGGAGCCUGAGGGCGAGGCGAAGGAGGAUGCCGGAGAGACAGGCGCUCCCAUGUCGUGGUACAAGAAAGUUCUUGACGGCGUACCUAAGCCGGACAUAAACUACCCAACUGUAGACUGGUUCCAACUGCCGACCCAGAAGGCCCUCUGUAGCUGUAUGCCCAAGAGAUAUCUGAUCGCGAUGCUGUCGUGUAUCGGGUUCCUGAUCGAGUACGGCGCCCGGACCAACAUGGGCGUGGCUGCGACGCAGAUGGUCAACAACGAGGACGUCAUGAACCAGCUGUUCCAGCCAUCUGAGUUGGAGUGGACCAUGUUGAUUGUGGGGGUGAUCCAUGGUGCUUUCUUCCUGGGCUUCCUGCUGUCCAGACCGCUGGGAGGAUUUCUGGUUUCGCGGUACCCAGCAACAAUUGUUUUUGUGCUGUCGAUCGCGGUCUCCAGUCUGGUGAACCUGUUCAUUCCCGUCGCUGCUACGGUGCAUUUCUCCAUCUUAGUGGCUCUGAGAGUGAUUCAAGGCAUGAGUGAGGGUCUCACCAUCCCUGCCUCCUAUGGCAUCUGGACGUUCUGGGCCCCGCCGGCCGAGAGGAGCAAGCUGACGUCAAUCACAGUCACAGGCCAAUACAUAGGGAUAGUGAUAGGCAUGCCCGUAUCCGGAGUGGCGGUUUUCAACAUCGACUGGCGGUUUCCCUUUUGGAUUUACGGUGGUGUCGGCCUGGUCUGGUCCCUCAUAUGGUACACCAUGGUGUACGAGUCACCAGAAGUCGACAAGUACCUUGAUCCCGAGGAGCUGAAGUUCAUCCAAGAUAGCAUGACGUCACAUCCGGGAAUCAUAUCACCCAGUGAACCUGACGCAAAAUCCGAAGCCUCAGAGGCGUCAACAGAAGCAAGCGAGCCCGCCGCGAAAACCCCGACCUCCCCCGCGUCAUCAGUCGGACCAGACCUUCCUACACAAGUCUCGCCACAGAAGACUCCAUGGAGACACCUUCUGACGUCACUUCCGGUGUAUGCCAUCUUGGUUUGUGACACCUGUGUGAAGUGGGUGGUGUACCUCAUGCUGCUUAACGCACCAAUGUACUACGUGCAGUCAUUCAAGGUCAACGAACUAGAGGCCGGUGCCUUCGCGGGUCUCCACUUCUUCCUGCUAAUGUUCGGACUGCCCCUGGUCGGGUCUCUGGCCGACUGGGUGUGGAGAACACAGUCCAUGUCCACUACCACCAUGAGGAAACUAUUCAACACUAUGGGUAUGUUCGUAGAGGGCGCCCUUCUUCUAACCGUCGGUAUGACAUCAAACAUCUACGUGUCGACGAUCUGUCUGAGUGUCGCCCUGUUCUUCCAGUCCUUCCCCCUCUCAGCAGGAUAUAACGUGAAUGCGUUGGACAUCGCGCCCCAGUUUGCCAGCUCCAUCAUGGGCCUGUCCGGUUCCCUGUCCACCAUAAUAGGCAUGGCCUGUCCCGUCGCUAUCGGGGCCAUCACCAUGGACAAGACGCCAGAAGAAUGGAACAUCGUGUUCAUCGUGUCGGCAGGACUGAUCUUGUGCGCCGGCCUGCUCUACCUCCUCUUCGGCUCCGGCGAAGUGCAGGACUGGGCGGACUUUGGGCCGAAUCCGUCCGUCUCCGCCGGUGAUCCCGUGCCGAGGGGGAACGAGUCCGGUCUGCCGAAUUUGGUAUUUCCGGAUCCGGAAACUCUUCUUGACGAGAGCGUGCACAGAGUUCAGAUGGAAGACAAAGACCCUUACAUGUACAAUCUUGGUGACAGAGACUUUAGCUACUUAGAUGAUGACGACUUUUAGCUACAAUUUAGGGUAGGCUGUACUCUAGUGUUCAACAUACUUACUACUCAUUAAAUGGAGAAGACGGUACUGAUCCGGAAAGUUACAGUAUGAUAUGGCAUGUACAUGGCAGCUAUGUACAAUUGAUGGUGGUACGACAAGAAUAGAUAUAGUUAUUUCAUAUUACUUUUUUUCGUUUACCUAUUUGAGUAGCAAUGGUUUAGCUUAGUUUUGUUAUUGUGAUUCUUGUUAUUGGGUUAACUUGAGGUGUGUCGGGAUGUGCAAUAUACAUUGACUAAAAUAGAAUAAAAUUGGAAUUUUAAUGGGUGAACAAAAUUAUUUUAAACUUAUCAUUAUUAAGACACAGUCAGUCUGUGUUGAUGAUCAUAGGUGAAUCAGGUGCCAUAUUUUUUUGUAAUAUCAUUUCAUAGUUUAAUUCAUAAUUUACGUUUGGUUAAUUUUUAUUCUUUAGGAUGCGUGAUGUCAAAAUAAUGAUAACUGAUAUUUAGAUUCUGCUAUACAUAUCAAUGCUUUACAAUUGCUUGUUGAUAGAUAAUUGCAACAACACAGUUUAUCAGACAAAAGUGGUGGUUCAAGUCAGUGUUUUAUAAGAUGCUGUGUCACGUGAUCGUAACUUACGUAAGUGAGCAUGCUACGUGACGUCACUAUUUUUUUGUACAUCAAUAUACACAAUUUUGCACCGUUGUCGUUAUGCUACAGAUCCUAUGUAAACGGAUCUUGUGAUAAUCAAUGGGCAUGAUUUACAGCUAGGCUGUAUUUCCUUGGCUUCUAGAUACAAGGCAGAGAAACUAUUUAAAUUGCAUGUGACCAUGUCAUCUUCUGACGUUUGUCAAAGCUAAAACGAUGACCUCUUUAAAGUUCACUCUCAAUUUCCACAUAGAUAACACUGUUACUAUUAGAUUGUAUGUAUUAUGUGCUUAUGUGUGCACUCUUACUGCACUUGCGUUACGCUUACGUCACUGUGGGGUUCGAAAGAUACUCAACGAAUUUCAGAGAUAAAGAACGAAUUGUCUAAGUCAUACUUUCACGUAUUACGCGAUAUCUAAAUCACAAAAGUCGGAGAAAAUAACAAAACAGUGACGCAGUGAACGAACCCAGCAGUGACGCAAGCUUGAAGCAAGUGCAAUGAGAGCGCACCUUCAGAUUUACGUUUUUAGCAUCAUGAGCGCUUGCAUUUUCAAUGUGAUGGAUAUGAUUUCGCUUGUCAUAUGAGCCAAGACUUGCGACUGCAUACGUUUGGGAAAUAAAGGUGGCAUAAUUCAUUUAGUGAUUU